AUGAACGAACUCGUCAACAAGUGCUACUCGUGUGAUUUCCACCGCCAGGAGUGCACUUUCACCCUCUCUGCCGACUCCGAGGCCCCAACCAAGAAGAGGAAGCUGGAGGAUUCUCCACGGGAAAAUGACUCCGUAAAACGGUCCUCCAUCCAAUCCUCCCAACCCACCCCUAACGACGAGGCGGUCCGCUUGCAACACGGCGCCAUGAUCCGCCCCGGCUUCUUCAAUCAAUCCACCCAGCAUAUCGGCAUGACCACCGAAUUGGAGCCGGCCCUCCUCGAAUUCCUGCCGCUGGAUGAGUACGACGAAUGCACCGUAUCGAACUCCCGCAUCCGCCGAUGCGCCGAUGACUGCACCUUUAUGCGCGUGGUCGACACCGUCCCGAUUGGUGACUCGCAGGCCGUGUCACUUGAUGCCAUCGAGAGCCUGGUUGCUCCGUACGGGUCGACCCUGAUCGAGAAGUUCUUCGAGCACGUGCACCCGUCUUUUCCGAUUCUGAUGGAGGAUGCCUUCCGUCAAUCAUACCGGGAACGCCGUCAAUUGUCACCGCUGUUGCUUGCUGCGGUCUAUGUGUUGACUUUGAAGUUCGUGGACGUGGGUGCUUCGACACAGUCGGCCCGUCGACCCGACGCCGCCCGGUUAGAAAGCACUGCAUUGAAGCUACUCAUCGAAUCACUGCCAUUCCCCAGUAUUUCCACUAUUCAGGCCGGUCUGCUGUUGACUCAAAAAUCGACAUUGGCGACAGCAUCGCUGAAUGGACAGCUGGUGACCGCCUGCUUCGAGCUGGGCCUCCACCAAGACUGCUCAAACUGGCGGAUGCAGAUUUGGGAGAAGGGUCUUCGAAAACGUCUGGCGUGGGCAUUGUACAUGCAGGACAAAUGGUCCUCGCUGGUGCAUGGCCGUCCGUCGCAGAUCUUUGCGUUCAACUGGACCGUCAAGGAUCUCGUGGAAGACGACUUUUCCGAUGCAUUCCUGUCUGGCACCGACUCUGCACACGACUCUGCAGCUGUCGGACAUGGCCCUCUCUUUGUUCUGCCAUAUGCUAUUGAGGACUUCCAGGCCGCCGGCAAUCAGCAAACUCGCAUGAUUCUGGAAAAGGCGAAGCCGGCCCAGAUCCGGCUGAAGGAAUGGUUCUCCUCGCUUCCCGCCGCGUUAAAGAUGGAAUCCUCGACUGGGGAGCUGGUCGAGACCAUCACCGACGAGCAUGCCCGUAACGGGGCCCUUCAUCUCGCAUAUUUUGCCACCGAAAUCACCCUCCACCGCUGCAUCGUGCGACCCGUCUCAUCUCUGCCAUGGACUUUGUCAACCGCCUCCGCCCCGCCCACCUCCGCUCCCUUUUGGCCGGCCUCUGCGCGCACCAACUUCUCGCUGAUCGGCUCGUUCGGCAUGUUGCUUCGCAUUACCGCGCCUACCAACGAGGAAGCUGAGUUCUACCGCAUCCGUCUGUGCGAGUACCGCUGGACUCUAAGCGUCAGCCACAAGAACGCCGAAUUCAUGAGCUUCGCCCUGGAGAGCCUGGACAAUGCCAACGCCUUUGACAAGCACGUCCCCGCAAAGCCGAACAUCGACGAAUUGAUGGCAUCGACGAAGCAGGCCCCUCGCAUCUCCAUGAUGGGCGCAUACGACGACGCCAUGGCUGAAGCUGAAGCCACUCACGGUGCCGCUUCCUCAUCCGUGUUAUCAGGACUGGCCUCUCCCGCAACCUCUGUUAGUGACAUGGAAGACAACGAUGCCUCCAUGCUCUAA